GGGUGCGUGGAAUUUCUCUUCUCGGCGAGAUGGCGGCGGCGGCGGCGCGUCAGUGUCUGCUUGGAUUCCGACGAGCAGCGCCGCCGCCUCUCCCGCUCCUGAGCACGCGCGCUCCCUCUCCCGCUCCGUCCAGCCGCCGCGGCGCGCGCAUGGCCUCGUCCGGCGACCACGCGCCGCAGCUCAGCACCGCCGUCGCGGUGCCCGGCGCGGGCGCGCCCGUCCGCGUCGUGGCCGCGCCGGGCCUCACCGAGGCGGAUUUCACGAGCGCGGUGGAAUCCUCGCUGUUCAGGCAGUGGCUGAAGAACCUGCAGGAGGAGAAGGGGGUCCUCACCUACGGGAGGCUGAACCUGAGGCAAAUCCUCAUCCAGGGGGUUGACAUGUUUGGGAAACGCGUGGGGUUUGUCAAGUUCAAGGCUGACAUCAUCGACGAGGAGACCAAAGCCAAGAUUCCAGGAAUUGUAUUUGCAAGAGGGCCUGCUGUUGCUGUGUUGAUUCUUUUGGAGUCUAAAGGGCAAACUUACGCUGUUCUUACAGAACAGGUUAGAGUUCCUGUUGGAAAAUUUAUAUUGGAACUACCUGCUGGGAUGCUAGACGAUGAAAAGGGAGAUUUUGUUGGCACUGCAGUCCGUGAGGUUGAAGAAGAAACUGGAAUUAAGCUAAAUUUAGAGGAUAUGAUUGACCUUACUGCAUUGCUGAACCCUGACACUGGAUGCAGAAUGCUUCCUUCACCGGGUGGCUGCGACGAAGAGAUUGGGCUGUUCCUGUACAGAGGCCACGCCGACGAGGACACCCUUAGGGCUCUCCAAGGGAAGGAGACUGGGCUGCGCGACCAUGGCGAGCUGAUCAAGCUGCGGGUGGUGCCGUACAGCCAGCUGUGGCGCGCCACCGCCGACGCCAAGGCGCUCAGCGCCAUCGCCCUGUACGAGAUGGCCAAGAGGGAAGGCCUCCUGCCGUCGUCUCCGACGACCUCUCGCCGCCGUGGCAGCUCGUCGUCGGCCAACUUGUAAGAGCCAGUCAGCUAUAGCUAGCUAGCCGUGUGCUUUGUCAGAACAGCUAAUGAGCAGAGCGAGCCAAUUACUGUGGAGUGUGUGCCUUAAUACAACAGCAAGAUCGACCUGUGUAAAUGACUAAUUGCAUGCAUUUUGAUGUAGAAUAUGAGAAAUUAAUAAAGCGUAUGUAAACACCGUCAGUCACGCGGCAAACAGCUAUCUGCAUGAUAUACAUGACCAUCAGUUGCAACCCAUAGUCUGUUACUAUUUACCAA